ACAGAAUUAAAUUAUCUAACAUGAUGUACAGUUAAUAUGAAAUAAUUUUACAGGUCAUUACCAGAUAAUUUUUAUUACUUAGACAAGUCAAAUCUUGGAAUGGAAAGAAUUUGUACUUUCUUUUCCCCGUGACUGCUCAUAAAAAAAUCCCCAGCAUUUACUUGUUUUGUGCAGGUUUUUUUUGUUGUUGUUUGUUUUGUUUUUUAGGUCUGAAGUCAGGAAAAUGAAACUCCAACCCUGCUUUUGCUUUCAUUUGCUUUCAAAAACCAUCUGUUUCCUGCUCUGUGGAAGACAAACAGAGAAGUGGGUGAAUCUAGUCUCACAUUCUCUCUCUGGUGAGUAAGCACCAAUUUAUGUUUCUAGCAAUCUUUAUUAACUGACUGUUUGGAGGAAUGGGGAUGUCUGAAAGUUGAGCUGGAGCAUUUCUUGGACAGAUUCAAAGCAGCACUUUCAGGUCAGAUCCUGGAAUGAGGGAAGAUGGAGGAAAUGAGGUGUGCUGAUGACUUGUGUUCCCUCACUAAUCUGAUUUGUUCAGUGUGGUUGACUCUCGAGCCGGUGUGGGAAAAUAUUUCUGGAAGACCUGAGGGAGCCAUCACAAAAAUGACCUUGUGUGCAGCAUGACACACACUGUGCUCCUCAGGUUUCCCAGUCAGCCUCACCGCUCUGAUACUUUAGCCUCGGGGUCAUUGCUGCUCCGUCAUGCCCAGAGCUCCAACUACUUACAAUACAUUUCCUUUGACAGAGGUUUCUGUUUCCUCUCUGAGUGUCAUCACACACAGCAGAGAGAGGAGGUCCAAAUUGUGGAGUUCUGCUCUCCAGAUGAUGCCUCACAUGGCUCUGUGCAAAUACGCUCCGCUGGUUCUAGUGGGAGUUGUGGUUUUGGCAGCCAGCGGGAUCAUAGGAGACCCUCUCUAUGAGUGUCUCCAGGACGCUGACUACAGAGAGCUCCUGGACAUUGUGACGAACGGACUCCCGGCUGCCAGGAUGCCUCGACAUGUGGCAGUCAUCGGUGGGGGCAUGGCUGGACUGACCGCUGCCAGGGUGUUAGAAGAUGCAGGACAUAAGGUGACCAUAAUAGAAGCUAGUGAGCGAAUCGGAGGACGGGUGGAGACCUUCAGGAACAGAAGAGAAGGCUGGUAUGCAGAAGUGGGAGCCAUGAGGAUCCCAAGCUUCCAUAAGAUUCUACUUUCAUUUAUCUCCAAAUUGAAAAUCCCACUGAAUCCCUUCAUCCAAGAUGACAUCAACACCUACUACUUGGUAAACGGAGGCCUACACAAAACCUACACCGUAGAAAACAAUCCCAGCGUGCUCAACUACAGUUUGCAUGACAGAGAGAAGGGGAAGUCAGCUGCUGAACUCUUCAGUCAGACACUCUGGAAGGUGAGGGAUGACCUAAAGGCAUUGGGCUGCAGUGGAAUGCUGAAUAAAUAUGACUCCUACACAGUGAAGGAAUAUUUGGUGAAGGAGGGCAACCUGAGCCGCGGCGCUUUGAGGAUGAUCGGCGACAUCCUCAAUGAAAACAGCCUCUUCUACACGUCCUUGAUAGAGAUGCUGUACAUACAGACCGACAUCAGUGACAACACACAGUACUUUGAAGUGACAGAUGGUUUUGACCAACUCCCCACAGCUUUCUACCAAGUUUUAAAUGCCACAAUCCUGCUGAACUCCAAAGUGAAGCUAAUUGACCAAACAGGCGGGGCUAAUGUGACUGUAACAUAUGAAGACUGGCGGAACUCAGGUUCCCUGUCAAAAGUGACAGUGGACUAUGCCCUUGUUACAGCCACAGCCAAGGCUACCCUCUUUGUUGACUUCUACCCUCCUCUGUCUGGUAACAAGAUGGAGGCCCUGCGCUCUGUUCAUUAUGCCAGCUCCACAAAGGUGGUGCUCAGUUUCAAGGAACGCUUUUGGGAGAAAGAAGGCAUCAGAGGAGGGAAAAGCAUCACCGACCGACCGUCUCGCUUUAUCUACUACCCCAGCCAUGGGUUCCCAGGUACCACUGCAGGGGCCCUCCUGGCUUCCUACACCUGCUCUGAUGACUCCACCCUUUUUCAAGGCAUGAAUGAGGAGGAUCUGAUGGCAGUAGCUCUGGAGGACUUGGUGAAAAUCCAUGGGGAGUAUAUCCGACCGCUCUGCACAGGAGGUCUGGUGAAGAAGUGGGGCCUGGACCCUUACAGUUUUGGAGCCUUUGCCCUGUUUAUGCCGUACCAGCAGGGACACUAUGCACGAGAACUGUUCCAGAGUGAGGGACGGGUGCACUUCGCCGGGGAACACACAGCAACUCCUCACGGAUGGAUCGAAACUGCCAUGAAGUCUGCUCUCAGAGCAGCUAAGAAUAUCAACAGCUUGACUCUGUAGCUUCAUGUCUGUUUUUUUCUCUGAAAAAAAGCUCUAAAUAGUUCAGCUUUUUAGAAUUUUUUCAAUAUCAUGAGCCCUGGUCCAUUCUUCGGCUGAUGCAAGAUCUGUUUUAUUGUGAUGUGGAGAUGUUGCUAGGUCUCAGUAUCAAUAGUUUUAGGUGUAUUUCAUUGUAGGAAAAUGUUUUAUUAAGUCGUUCAAACUCAGUGGUGAUUCUUGCAUGAAUUGUCUUUUUCUUGCUCUUCCACAGUUUUUACCACUUUUUCUUUUCUUCAUGGCUGCUUCCAUGAUACAAACAUCUACUGAAACCAUCUCAGUAAAAACUCGCUGCCAAGUGCACAUGAAUACAAGCAAUAAAAACUUGCUCUUGAAGCAAAUGACAGAUGACUAAGUUCUGUUUUUAAUAUAGUGCUCACUUAUCCUCUUUCCAAUACUACCCUGGGCAAUUACCCAUAUCAAGAACAGGACUGAUCGAAAUGAAUCCAUUUAGCUUUGUAGAUUUGAAAGUUUUUAAUCAGACUGAGAUUUUUAAUAACUGAUGACUUAAUGUCAGUAAAUGGGGAUUUUAGCUCAACCUGAAAAAUGUGCAAAGCAGAGAGUAUUAGGACAAUGAAAUGCACUCAGAUUUUUAACAUUUCUAGUAUUUUGCUUGUUGCAGCCUCUUUAGACUUUAGCAAUUACAAUGUUUUUACUCAAAUUAAAUUGUGGCUUUAGUUCACUAACUUUGAAUGAACUGUUCUAAAUUCAAAGUUAUCAGGACAAACCCAAAACUUCAUAUGUUUUCAUAUGUUGUGGAAAUCAUUGUCUUGUAGUUUGUUUUUGAGCUUAAAAGCCAUUGCUGUUCUUUUCCCACACUACACCAGGAAUGUUGUUUUCACUGACCUGAACACCAUCACAAAGUUUUCAUCAUAACAUAACCAUAUUUUUUGUUUUAUGGUUAAAGUCAUAGUAAUUAGGAACAAAAAUAGAAUCCCUAAGCCCCCCCCCCC